CGCCUGCGAUACCUUUCAAUUUUCAGUAGAUUGUCAGUUUUUUGGUGACUGCAAAAAGAAAUCCGUAAAAUUUUGAGUCCUCUUGUAUUUUAGCGCUUCAUGCCUUUCAUUUAAGCUUGGUUUUAUUUUAUAUAAUUUGGAAAGUCGUUAACUUAUAACAGAAAAGUAUAACCAGUUCAACAAAUCCUAAAAUAUUCAUAUUUUUGGCCAUCAUGCAGAACGGUUCAUUGAUUCGAUCGAUGCCAACAUACUCGCAGCUUGGAGGGAAGUAUGUAUCCCAGAUGGAACGUGUUACUUCGGUGCUAUUUGACAAGCUACGUAAACGUCUAGGCGCAAGAACUGCAACAAAAGAUACACAUGGAAUUUCUAAGUAUUCCCGUAAUCUCCGAUAUUUUGGAGGGAAUGGGAUUCCCCAGAAAUUCCAAAAAGGAACUCUUAGACAAUAUGCUCCCAUCACGGACCAAGGACAAAAUAGUAGCUAUAAAUCAUUCGGGGCUAAGAAUUUGAAUCAGCAAUGGAGAAUGACUUCUGCAAAUUUGUUUCGUCAAACUAUAGUGCCAGUUGCUUAUGUUGUUCGGAUGGCUUAUGUCCAAACUUUGUCAAAUAAUCUAUCGUAUGGACAACUUGAACAAGCCGGGCAAAGUGUCUUUGAUCCGGAAGCGCAAGCAGCUUCUGCAGUAUUUGCCUUUUUACCUUACAUGACACCACCUACUGAUGGACACGUUAUGGUAAUGAGACGAAUGCGCAAUCUAAGGGCGUUAAGGGCUUUAAAAUGUCCAGUGGAUCGUUUGCGGAAACCACGGAAAUCUCGUUCCAGAGUCGCUGCAUCCUAUGGAUAUCAGCUGAUCAACAAACCAAGGGCACCCUUCUAAUAUGUCGUCUAACCAGUUUUCGUUUGAAUACCAUAACUACCGAACCCUUUUAUUUCAAAAAUAAGUGUUGACAAAUUGAGCAUUUGAAGGAGAGAAUAAUCUUGCUCCCUCAUUUGGGACUCUCAACUAUAAAUUGGGUGAAGAAAUCGUGUAGACAAAAUGUUGUAUUGGGAGAGGUUCUGGUAUUUUGCUGAAACGUUUUUGCUGCAGGCAACCUCGUUAAUGAUGUCUGCGUUUAUAUUUAUUGUAGACUUUAGUACAUGUGAUAAAUAUUUAUUUGAAA